CUCCCUAAUGAGUUUAGGGUUUCUCAAGCUCGUUUCUCUCCUAGUUUUCUAGGUUCGUGUUCAGCGAUCUUCACCCUCUGACUUAUGGCGCAAACUACACCGGAAGAUGCAGUGGAGAAAUUGGCGUCCCGAUAUGAUGGCUUGGUGCUUGAGGACGAAGAGGUGGGUCUUAUGCCAGUAGGGAUAGAACCUCACGCCGAUAUUGGGGCAGGGGCUGGAUCUUGGAUGCUCGUGGGCAGGUUUCUUACUGACAAGCUUAUCAAAUUGGAAUUUAUGCAGCAAGUAAUGGCGUCGGUUUGGCGUCCGGUCAAAGGAGUUCAAGUAUCAGAGAUUGAACCAAAUCUGUUUUCCUUUGUCUUCUUCCAUAAAUCAGAUUUGCAGCGGGUGCUAGAGGAGGGGCCUUGGUCUUUUGAGAAUAAUACGCUCGUUUGCUGUCAGGUUGAAAUUGGGGAUCUACCAAGUUCGGUGGUCCUCGAUACGGUGGAUUUGUGGGUUCAGCUCUACGAUUUGCCUUUGGGAUACACAUCAGACUCAGUUUUGGCACAGAUUGGGAACUUCAUUGGUUCUUUUUUGAAGUGCGACGAUAGACAGGUAAGUGUACCAUGGCGUGCUUUCUAUCGUAUUCGGGUCUCUAUUCCGAUUGCUAAACCUUUGAAGCGUCGUAUGAAGUUGAUUAAGCGUGACAGUUCUUGGACGUGGGUGAAUUUUAAGUAUGAAAGGCUACACACCUUUUGUUUCUUUUGUGGCUUGAUGGGGCACUCCCACAAAAUUUGUCUUAGGGCGCGGGAGGCAACAAUCCUGGUGGAGCAACACCUGUAUGGUCCAUAUCUUCGUGCCGGCUUAUCUCGUGGACCGCGGGCAGUGGGGCAGCGGUGGUUGGUCCCUGCAGGUGGUGUCUUGGGUGGGAGGAUUGAGGGUGAUCACUACACCAAGGGGGUUGUUGGAUGGGGGGGCUCGAGCGAAGUUGAAUCAGGUGUCUUGGCUGCUUCCAAACGACGAAGGGAGGGGGAGGACUUUGAAGAUGACCCGCCCGUCCCAAUGAGUACCUUGAGCUGGAACUGUCGUGGCUUGGGCAAUCCACGCACAGUUCGUGAGGUUGUGGACCUUGUGUCCAGUAAGAAGCCUGACUUUGUUUUUCUAAUGGAAACUAAAGUGAAUAGAGAGCAUGCAGAACGACUCCGGAUUAAGAUCGAGUUUGAAGGGCUCUUUUAUGUCGAUAGAACAGGUUUGGGCGGAGGCCUGGCGUUGCUUUGGAAAAGGAAUAAUACUGCACAGCUUCUUAGCUACUCCAAAAAUCAUGUGGAUAUCAUGGUGAGAUUGUAUGGCCGGCAGCCUUGGCGCAUGACUUGCUUCUAUGGCUUUCCAGAGAGGAGUAGAUGCAGCGAAUCAUGGAACCUCCUUAGAAGCCUUAGCACACGUUCGUCUCUUCCAUGGGUGGUCGUGGGGGACUUUAAUGAUCUAUUAUUUCAACACGAGAAGCGGGGCCCUAUCCCACACCCUGAAGGUCUUCUUCGUGGAUUUGGGGAGGCUCUUGAAGAUUGCGGCUUACUGAAUGUCCCGACUAUGGGGUACUCGUUCACAUGGGAGAGAGGCAAAGGCACUGAGGCUUGGGUGGAAGAAAGGUUAGAUAGGGUGGUCGCUACUGGGGAUUGGGUUGAUUUGCAAGGGGCUAUUCAGGUCUCCAAUAUCCUUACCCGGACGUCGGACCACUCUGCCCUCUUUCUCGAUGUUUAUGAGUCUGAGUGUAGGGUGGGAAGAGGGGGCCGAAGGUUUAGGUUUGAGAUGGCAUGGCUGCUGGAUAAGGGAUGUCGUGGGGUGGUGGAGGCUGCUUGGCGUGAUGGACGUGCAAACGACGAAUUCCGCAAGUUGGACUUUGAGUUGUCACGACUUGAAGCUCAGGAGGAUGCAUAUUGGAAGCAACGGGCCAAGCAGCAUUGGUUGCGGGGUGCCGAUGCGAAUACCAGUCGUUGGUUGCUAGGAUCUACAAAGCAAGGAUUGGUAAUGGGGCUAACACGUUGGUGUGGGGUGUCCCCUGGCUCUCUGAUGCUUAUGACCCGAUGGUUCAUACCGCUAUGCACCCUCAACUCCAAGAAAGUUUGGACUACGCUGGAUGGUGCUCAAUUGGAGGUGGUUGCAGCUGUUCUUUCUGGAAUAUGGCAGGCCAGGAAUUCAGUGGUUUGGGAGUUGAAACUACCCUUACCUCGUCAAACUUGGAAUCUGGCAGCACAUAAUUUGGAAGCAUGGCGUCAUCUGGCUUCGAGGAGCGGACAGGUAGGGCAACGUUCGGGGCAGUGCUUUUGUCUCAUGAGGGCAGGCCAGGCUGCGAGUGAAAGCACUCCUGCCAUCCCAUUGGUGAUGACGAGCAUGGGGUCAACUUUCGCCCCAAUCACCACGAUGGGAUCGCUGGGGAUGAUCCCUAUCAUGUCAACCCCUACUCCGAUGCCAACAACGACAAUGUUCCCAGGGGGCUUCAUGCCAUUUGCCUAUCCCGGCAUGAUGCCACCAAUCAUGAGUCAUAUGCCACCCCCAGUGACGACUCCGUUGACAUUCGUCCCUAGGAUGGUCCCUGUACGCCCGGUGAAUUUGGAAAGGGCCAUGGACCAAGCAUUACCCUCAAAUGUCUAUGAAGCCAAUGAUGCGGAGCAAGAGGCAGCCCGCAGAAGGAAGGGUAAAGCUAUAGCUAAGCCCAGCAAAUCCUGGGAUUCAGCAUUCAAACGCCUGGGGGACAAAGAGGAUGGACUUCGCAAGUCUUCCAAGCUACGUCUUGAUCCUGAGAUGGGCCGGACUAGCGCGAUGGAAAGACUUGGCGGGAGUCGUCCCGCCUUAUCACGUCGUUCUAGAGAAUCUGAGACGAUUCACCUAGACGAGGAAAAGACCAAAAGUCAACCUUGGGCGUCGGCGUACACCAGGCUCUCAUACGAUGAGGAUGACCUGGAUAAGAUAGGGAGCGUAGCAAGAAAGCUACGCACCCUGGAGGAAAAAGUAGAAGAGAAGGCGGGAGCAAAGAAGCAUACCCUGGCGAAAUCACCCUUCUCGGCUAGGGUACAUGCACACAAGCUGAGGCGGAAGAUCAAGGUGGACGUUGAGAAAUUCACUAGAAAGGAGGAUCCAAACAUCCACCUCGACACUUUCCACAAUGCCGCACAAAUGGCCGGGUGUAUUGAUGCUGAGGAGUGUUUACUCUUCUUCUCAUCCUUGAGAGGAAGACCAGUGGAAUGGUUUAAUAGCCUUCCUCAUGGUAAAGUCGGGUCCUUUGAGAAACUUGCUGAGAUCUUCCGCAGGAAAUACCAGGACAAUUGCAUCAAAAGGAAGAAGUUUACCUACCUUUACACGGUAGGGCAGAAGGAGACGUUGACUCAAUUCCUGACCCGAUGGAGGGAUGAGGUCAAUAAGGUAGAAGAGAUGGAUGAUAAGACGGCUAUGUCUCUACUGAUGAAUGCAUUCCGGUCGGGUGACCUCUACACUGAAUUUUGUAGGAGGCCACCCUCCUCUUAUCAGAAAGCCUACAAUACAACAUGGGAGUAUGCCGAGGCAGAGGUCCUGAACAAGAGCAAGCGAGAACUAGAGGAAGGAUAUACAAGGGUGAAAACCGAUAAGCCGAAGAAGGAUGACCAGAUAGGAGGGUCCAAUCCAAGGGCCACACAUGAGAACAACCCAAACGGUCCUGGACGGAGAAAUGGUGUACCUACCACCAGUCAGAUUCUCACAACACGACAGAUUGCCGAAACGUGAGGGUCGUGCUUAGAGAAAUGACCUUGAAAGGGGAAUUGGGUGAAAUAUUCGUUACGGGGCUUGAGGAAGACCCAUAGACGAGUACUUGAAUCCACCAACAUGAAUAGGACCAGGAAAAGAAGAGAGGGUAGAUAAGAUGUGGUAAAGAUUACUAAGCUUGCUUUAGACGGAUCAGUCUUGAUGUCUAGGACCUGGACCGUUGCAUGGGCUGAUAGCAAAAAAAACCCUUGAGAUAGGGGUCUUGAUGUUGAGGUA